CGCAUUGAAUACACGCGCGCGUGUCAACGAAUUCGCGUGAUAGCUCCCGCUUCAGGUCUGUACGCGAGGCAAGCUACUUACAGGCGCUUGCGUUCUUCCACGGUUCUUCCAAUCACUGCAAAAGGUGGGGACUUGUGAUUCCGGGAAACUGGCGCAUGCCGUGAUACCUUGAUGUUUAGUCUUCAGUCGCAGGUAGACGCGUCUCAGGUGCGCAUCCGUGCAGAUAUCUCCAGGUGUUACAGGCAUUCCGAGAGCGUGACGUUAUUAUUAUCAGCUCUCUAAAUUCAGUGAAUUCUCAGCUCUUUCCGACGACGUUCUCACAGACCUCCUCCUCCUCCUCGAACCGCGCAACCUGCGAUAGCAAGAUAUAGAGAAGAAGCAAGCAACAUGGUCGGCAUGACACAAAGACCCUGGACACCCACGAAACGACGAGGCCCGAUUGCCGCCGAAUAUAGCAGUCCGGGACCAGCCUGCGUGACUUUACCACCACUGAUCGGAAAAACCGUUCCAGAUUCCAAACGGGAGAGAGCGCCAGCAUUUUCCUUUGGUAGCAGACAUUCGGCGAAAGACAAUAGCCCGGGACCUGGCCCUGGGCAAUACAAUGUUUCUGGACUUAGCGCAAAAGGGAAGGAUGCCGCACCUGCCGCGUCGUUGCACGGCCGAACGAAAUCAACGAAACCGGAAGUAACUCCCGCACCCGGCGAUUAUAAUCCACAAAAAGCGGAGAAGAUCAUUCAAGACAGCUCCCCGAAAUAUUCCUUUGGAGUUAAAACGCAAAUUGAAAAGAUUAGCUGUACGCCCGCACCGAGCGACUAUCGCACGGAAAUCGUGAAUCUCUACAAAGCGGCAGCGUACACUUUUGGCGUAAAAGCUGUGUCGGAAAGACCGAGUGAUGUGCCCGCUCCAGGUACUUAUCAUCCCGAAAAAACAAGACUGGACAGUGCGCCGCAGUUCACGUUCGGAUUUAGAACGCCGCUCGACAAAACGAGCGACACACCAGCACCCGGAGCAUACAGUCCGGAGAAAGUGAACCUCGAGAAAGGCCCGCAGUACAGUUUGACUGGCAAGGGUCGGGAGGAGAAGUGUAACGGAACGCCAGCACCAGGUGCCUAUUGUCCCGAGAAGGUGAGACUGGACACGUCGCCUCAGUUUAGUUUCGGUCUAAAAUCUGCAGUGGAGAAGCCAAACGAAACACCAGCGCCUGGCACGUACAGUCCUGAGAAGGUAAACUUGAACAGAGGGCCGCAAUAUAGCUUGAGUGGUAAAGGCCGUGACGAGAAACCCGCUGACACUCCAGCGCCCGGAGUAUAUCGCCCGGAGAAAGUGAAAUUGGAUACUACACCGCAAUAUAGUUUUGGAAUUAGGCCCCAACUGAAUAAACCCAGCGACACACCAGCACCUGGAACCUACAGUCCGGAAAAAGUGAAUUUAGAUAAAGGGCCGCAGUACAGUUUGACCGGCAAGGGACCCGCUGAGAAACCAGUCGACACCCCAGCGCCGGGCACAUAUUCUCCUGAAAAGGUCAGAUUGGAUAAUACACCGCAGUACACUUUUGGACUCAGACCUGCUCUGGAUAAACCCGCUGACACGCCAGCGCCUGGCGCAUAUUCUCCAGAGAAAGUUAAAUUAGAUGUCACUCCUCAGUACAGUUUCGGGAUCAGGCACGCUCCGGAUAAACUCAGUGAUACACCAGCACCUGGAGCUUACAGUCCCGAGAAAGUAAAUUUGGACAAAGGGCCACAAUAUAGUCUGACUGGCAAAGGCUCUGCAUUGAAAUCUGACGAUGUCCCUGCACCUGGCACGUACAGUCCUGAGAAAACCAAUAUGAACAAAGGGCCACAGUAUAGUCUAACUGGGAAGGGAACACUAGAAAAAUUGAACGACAAUCCCGGCCCUGCCGAUUACAAACCAGAGAAAGCUCUAAAUCUGGAGCAUAAGCCCUAUUUCAGCUUUGGUAAUAGAACACCCCUUCAUAAGUCUCACGAUACACCAGGCCCCGGUUGCUACAAUCCGGAGAAAGCUCAACACUUGGAACAUAAACCCUAUUUCAGUUUCGGUAACAGAACACCAUUGUAUAAAGCUAACGAUACACCAGCUCCUGGCACGUACAGCCCCGAGAAAGUAAACAUGUCCAAGUCGCCCGAGUACAGUUUCGGUUCUAAAACCGAGAUACGCGAGAGAAAUCACAUACCAGGCCCUGGCGAGUACAGCCCGGAGAAAGCUAUGCUUUUACUGGAGAAAGCAUUGCAAUUUAGCUUCGGCCUUAGACCGCCCGCGAGCAGGCCAAACGACGUUCCAGCACCGAAUGUUUACAACAUUCCAUCCGCUCUCGGCGGGACUAAGGAGGGAAACAAGAAAGCGGCGCCCGCCUAUUCGAUAUCCGGUAGGCAGAAGGUAUUCACGGACGAUCGUGUUCUCGUGCCUGGGCCGGGAACAUACGAAGCCAUCAAACCGGACUCGGUCAGAGCAAAGAGUCCAGCGUACAGUAUAAGUGCACGUUUCCAGUUGCCCGACGAUCACUCACAGAUUCCAGGACCCGGAGCGCACUACCCGGAAAAGGUUCUUCUCGAUGUUCCUCCUGCGCACACAUUUGGUAUCAGACAUUCGCCGUUUAUUUGUAACUUGAAGGACGCGGUUUAUUAAUUUAUCCAAUUCAAGAUAUGCUUACUUUUUUCAUUGCUUCUGACGUUCCGAUUAACACAUCGUAAAGACGACUCUUUUUUUUUUCCUUUUUUCUUUUUUGGUUUAAGGUCCGUGGUAUACGGAAAAAAAUUGAACAGUAAAUAUUCAGCAGUAAACCAACUUUAACUAUUAGCUUUUAUAUUGUAUAUCGCAAAAUAUAGUUGAUUAAAGAUUAACAUGACA